CUCAAUUCACGGGUAAAGGAGUUUCAGUUGUGCAGAAGAGAAGGGAGUUGGUUUUUUUUUUUUUCUUGAGGUGAGUUGUUGUUGGAUGGGAGGAUAUAGUUGCAGAAAAGAAGACGGCCAUGCGAAAGUCAUUUAAGGAUUCCCUAAAAUCACUUGAAGCGGAUAUUCAGCAUGCGAAUACUCUGGCUUCAGAUUAUCCAAGGGAAUAUGAUGGGGAAUGCCUUCAAAUGAGAUUAUCUUAUAGCCCGGCUGCUCACUUUUUCCUUUUUCUAGUUCAGUGGACUGAUUGUCACCUUGCCGGUGCCCUUGGAUUGCUUAGAAUACUUAUUUACAAGGCUUAUGCUGAUGGCAAAACCACUAUGUAUAUUCACGAAAGGAAAGUCAGCUUUAAAGAAUUUUAUGCUGUAAUAUUUCCCUCUUUAUUACAACUUCAAAGAGGAAUCACUGAUGUGGAUGAUCGGAAACAGAAAGAUCUCUGUUCCACCAGAUACAGGAAGAAGGAUGAGAUGGACAAAGGUAAAAUGUCUGACAUUGAUAUAGAGAGGGAGGUGGAGUGUGGGAUUUGCAUGGAGAUAAGCAAUAAAGUCGUCUUGCCCAAUUGCAGCCACGCUCUGUGCAUGAAGUGCUAUCGAGAUUGGCGAGCACGAUCAAACUCGUGCCCCUUCUGUCGGGAUAGCCUGAAAAGAGUGAACUCUUGUGACCUUUGGAUCUACACCGAGAGCCAUGAGGUUGCCGACCUUUCUGCAAUCUGCAAGGAAAACUUAAAGAGAUUGGUCAUGUACAUAGAUAAACUGCCUGUAGUUGUUCCGGAUCCUGUCUUUGCCACCUAUGAUUCUCACCUCAGGUGAGGGGCUUUGAUUGUAUAUACUAGAAACAAUUUGUACAUAUAGAAGCCCGGUUGUAUAUAAUUCUCUCUCCCCCACUUCCUUUCAAACUGUAAAUGCUGAUUGCUUUAACAGGCUUCAUGGUCUAAUUCCUCCUUUAUUGGGUCAUUCUAAAUAGUAACAUAGAAUGUGAGUUUCUUUCU